CAAACCUCAAGGUCUGAUUUCCUCUAAUCUGCAGCGGGCCACCUCGACAUGCACUGCAACUUCACGGGGACGCUGCUCGUCAGCGUGCUCCCCACACUUUUGUCCGUCGAGUUCAUUUUGGGGGCCCUGAGCAACGGCAUGGCCCUGUGGAUCUUCUGCUUCCACCUGCGGCCCUGGAAGAGCAGCACGGUGCUGCUCUUCAACCUGGCCGUGGCCGACUUUCUCCUCAACAUGAUCCUACCCUUCCGCGCCAGCUACUACAGCUCGGGCGUCAAGUGGAGAUUCGGGAGAACGCUCUGCAACAUCUCGCAGUUCAUGCUGGCCCUGAACCGCACGGGCAGCACCCUCUUCCUGAUGGCCAUCGCCUUGGACCGCUACAUCCGCGUGGUGCACCCGCACCACUUCUUUAACUCCCUGAGCCCCUCCAAAGCAAUGUGCGGAGCAGCCGCGCUCUGGCUGAUCACCGUCUGCAUGACCGCCAAUGCCUUGACUCUGCAAAACCUCCGCUCGGACUACUGCGAGAGCUUUCUGGUGGAAACCGCGGCCAAGGGGAACCGGCUCUGGCACAAAUUCAACUUUCUCUUCUCCUUCUGGAUGCCGCUCCUCGUCAUCCUGUUCUGCACCGUCCGCAUCAUCGUCCAGCUGAGAGGCCGACAGCUGAGUCAGCACGGGAAGAUCAAGAAGGCCCUUUGGUUCAUCACAGUUGUGGCGGCGGUAUUUACCGUUUGCUUCUUGCCGAGCAACAUCACACAGCUCAUUAUAUGGAUCAAAACCCACGAGGCCCUCAAGGCCAUGUCGGCGCCUGAGGUAUGCGUUGCCAUGGACAACCUGACCGUGGUCUUCUACAUGACCGUCAGCCUCACCUACCUCAACAGUGCCCUGGACCCCAUCAUCUACUACUUCUCCAGUCCCACCUUCAAGAGCAUCUGCAGAAAGUCUCUCCACCUGCCACAGGCCGACACCAUCGACAGCACCGAGAGGAGGACCCGAGAGACCGGAUCGCACUCGUGCGGUCAGAUUUAGAAAGCAAAAGUAAGAAUUCUUGAGGUUACAAUAUCAUAAAAUGUUUCAUGCCAUUCUGUCUUGCCUCUGGUGAGGGCGGUCACAUUUCUUCCCGCUCCCUCUUCUCCCAGCUUGCUCUCUUUGUUUUCGUCUUGUCUGAACUUUUUUUAAGCCUCUUACUUUGCGCCGUCCUCAAAUCUAAACAUCAGACAUGGAAAUGAUCAGCUGGACUCUCGACGCAAUUGACAAAAUCUUUUCGACGAGGAAAAGAGGUUCGGGGGAGCCUGGCUGUCUUGAUGGAACCAUUGCUGCGGGGUACGUGAGAGAUUUCCUGGGAUAAAUAGAGAAUCAUUUGCCUCUCGGUCCUUUCCAUUGAGGACGUGGAAGACAUCUACCUAUUUGGAACCGUGAUCGCGGGGCAGCUGCUGAUUGGGCUGGGCAUUGCUCUGGUGUAUCGUCAAAUUCGUAAGACGAUGGCAGCCACUCAAGGAGCCCAAAGGCUGUUCGUCGCAAUGCAAGGUUUGGGCAGGGCUGUGGGAUCACAGACUGUGGCGAUUUCUGAACUGAAUCGCAAGAUGGAUCACAUCAUGGAGAAGCUUGUUGAAAAGGAACAUUUAAUUGAAUUUGAGAGCACCCAGCAUGGACGAAUAGAACAGACAAGUCAUUGUUUUGUAUGCUCGCGGAAAACAAACAUCCUAAUCUACGAUUUGACUCCCUCGAAUGGCCUUGACGCUGUGAAACAGGACCAGGCUGUACUGAAAAACACCCCCCAAAGACCCCUCAAUGAUGGAAGCUUUUGACCUCGCUCCCUCCUCAACGACACCUGGAGUCGAACUUUUGCAGAUCGGCCUCAGUCUAUAAAAAACAUUACAUCAUCACACCCAAGACAAUUGAGCACACUCGCACACACCGACCCCCUCCCCCACCCCCCGCCACGGUCGGAUGGCCUUCCAGGGCCCCAACUCCCCGCCCCUCUGUUGCGAGUUUGUCGUGAUUAAAUGUAACGUGUUUAUGUGUGCAUGGCAUGGAGGUUUUUUCCCCCACUCCAGACUAGGCCCCCUUAGGAGCCCAGUCUAGAUUGUAUUUUUUUACUCAUCUUUUUCCCCAGCGUUUUACCU